GUGUGGGCCCCACUCGAAUCAAAGCUUCUCUUCAACUUCACCAAUGGCGGCCUCUUCUCUCGCUCUCCUUCAAAAAACCCACCUCCUAGGCUACUACAUCCCCUAGUCACGUGACCCGAGGACCAGUGCCGCGUGUCUCAGAUUCCCUGAACACGUGCCUAUUAAAGCCCCUCCCCCUCUUUUUCUCUCCUCGCCGCGUCUUCUCUCAUUCUCCCUCUCUCUCUCUCAUGGCCGCUUCGAGCUCGAGCCCAUGGCUUUCUGUGCAAAUUCUCGAGAAAAUAUGUCCUCCAGUCGAGAAACGACCAAUCAAUAGAAAAAUCUCGUGUUUUUAUCGCCAGACGAUAAGUAGGAGGAGAACUAGAAGCUUCCUGACUCCGAAACCCCAAACCAUCACUCGGCGACCGUUAGUUUGCAGUUCAAAUGAGUUCCCCGGGGAAACGGAGAACGCUGGUGGCAGCGAUGGUAAUUUCAGCAAGGAAAAUGAGCAAUUCGUCGGAUGGUUUCGCCAGGCCUGGCCGUACAUUCGCGGGCACAGUGGCAGCACAUUUGUUGUGAUCAUUUCGGGGGAGAUUGUAGGCAGCCCACAUUUGGACGGCAUUUUACAGGAUAUUUCACUCCUUCAUGGUGUAGGGAUCAAAUUUGUGCUUGUUCCUGGAACUCAUGUGCAAAUUGACGAGCUUCUUGCAGAGAGAGGAAGCAAGGGAAAGUAUGUUGGUCGAUACCGGAUUACAGAUUCUGAUUCACUGGAGGCAGCAAUGGAAGCGGCAGGGAGAAUCAGACUCACAAUUGAAGCAAAGCUGUCUCCUGGACCUCCUAUAUUGAGCCUUCGUCGACAUGGUGACAACAGUCGUUGGCAUGAUGUUGGUGUCAGUGUUGCAAGCGGCAAUUUUCUUGCAGCUAAGAGGAGAGGGGUUGUUGAAGGUAUUGAUUAUGGAGCAACAGGUGAGGUGAAGAAAAUCGAUAUUGCCCGAAUACGUGAAAGGCUUGCCAGAGACUGUAUAGUUAUAGUAAGCAACGUGGGUUUUUCCAGUUCUGGAGAAGUUUUAAAUUGCAACACUUAUGAGGUUGCUACUGCUUGUGCUUUAGCUAUCGGGGCAGACAAACUCAUUUGCAUUGUAGACGGUCCAAUUCUUGAUGAAUCUGGACGACUUAUUCGUUUCAUGACACUUCAAGAUGCAGACAUGCUGAUACGGAAGCGAGCUCAGCAAAGUGAAAUAGCUGCAAACUAUGUGAAGGCUGUUGGUGAAGAUGAUAUUGUUUCUCCAGGAUAUGUUGGUUCAAAUGGAAGUAGCAACCUUCCCCAGAAUGGAAAUGGAUUCAGGGAAACAUAUAAGGCAACUUUUCAGAAUGGCAUUGGUUUUGACAAUGGGAAUGGGAUGUGGUCUGGUGAACAGGGUUUUGCCAUUGGAGGUGAGGAACGACUGAGCAGAUUAAAUGGUUACCUUUCAGAAUUGGCUGCAGCAGCUUUUGUGUGCAGAGGUGGUGUACAAAGAGUUCAUUUAUUAGAUGGAACCCUUGGUGGGGCUUUGUUAUUGGAAUUGUACACACGAGAUGGAGUGGGGACAAUGGUGGCGAGUGAUGUUUAUGAAGGCACAAGGAUGGCUAGGGUUACAGAUCUCUCCGGAAUAAAACAACUUAUAGAACCUUUAGAAGAAUCUGGUGCAUUGGUGCGAAGGACAAAUGAAGAGCUGCUUGAAGCAUUGGAUUCGUUUAGCAUUGUGGAGAGAGAUGGUUCAAUCAUUGCGUGUGCUGCCCUUUUCCCUUUCUUUGAGGAGAAGUGUGGAGAGGUUGCCGCUAUUGCUGUGUCUCCUGAAUGCCGUGGACAUGGACAAGGAGACAAAUUGCUAGACUACAUUGAGAAGAAGGCAUCAUCCCUUGGAUUGGAGAAACUUUUUCUGCUUACAACUCGUGCUGCAGAUUGGUUUGUGCGCCGUGGCUUCUCAGAGUGUCCAUUUGAGUCCAUUCCAGAGGCAAGGAGGAAAAGGAUAAAUCUCUCCCGUGGAUCGAAGUACUAUAUGAAGAAGCUGCAGCCAGAGCGAAGCGGGAUUCCUCUUGAUAAGGUUGCCUUAAGGUGAUAGUAUUGGACAAGAAAUGCAAAGGUUAUCCAUUCACCAGGCUGGUCUUACCCUGUAUGUGCUGUGGCCAGAAAUCAGGUUAGUCCAGUGGGCCGUAUAUGUAUGAUAACAAAGAAGGAUUGACCAAUGGUCCACACCAUAUAUACAUGUGGCCUGCCUGUUGACUGGCCAGAAAACUACAACCUUAAUGCUUUGGUUUAGUAUUUUAAAGGUGAAUAAACUAUUCAGCUUGCGGAUUAGUGUUGUAAGUACCCACUAAUUUGAUUUUUAAAUUAAUGAUAUUGUUUCUUAAUCACCCA